AAAGAGAAAGCCCCCAUUUCUUCAUUCAUAUCUUUAGGCUCUGAGCGAGAGAGCGUGUGAGAGAGACUCUGACCCAACAAUUCGCGCCUCCCAUACACCCCAUCCUAUGAUAACAACCUACACUCAACCAAUCUCGACCAAUCCCUCGCAGUCCGAUCUCUGAUAUCAAAAAUGCAGCAGCUAUUGUUCGCGGUGAUAUUCUCGGAGAUGGGUCUGAUACUGGUGAUGCUGUUCAAGACCCCCCUGAGGAAGCUGGUGAUCGUGGGCCUGGACCGGGUCAAGCGCGGGCGUGGGCCUGUCAUGGUCAAGACCGUGGCGGGAACGGUUCUGGUGGUGCUCAUGUCCAGCGUCUACAGCAUGGCCAAGAUCCGUAGACGUAGGAUCGACGACGGCGCGGUCAAUCCCACGGAUCAGGUUCUCAUGGCCAAGCACCUCCUCGAAGCCACUCUCAUGGGGUCUUCUCUAUUUCUUGCACUAAUGAUGGACAGACUACAUCAUUAUAUCAGAGAGCUGCGCAUACGGAGAAAGAGCAUGGAAGCUGUUAAGAAUCAGAACCGAGGACCCGAAGAUGGGAAAUCUGGUGGUUCGGAGGAAAUCAAAGCAUUGGAGGAAGAAACAGCCACACUGCGGACAAAACUCAAGCAGCUGGAGUCGGAGCUGGAGACGAGGACAAAAGAAGUAAAUGGUGCAGAGGCCAAUGCAGUUGCGUUAAGAAAACAAUCUGAAGGGUUCCUUCUCGAGUAUGAUCGCUUGCUUGAGGAAAACCAAAAUCUCAGGAACCAGUUGCAGUCAUUGGACAGGAGAUUGUCGCAUUCUGGUAGCAAGAAGAAUACUUAAGGAACACAACACCUCUUGCAAUUCUUUUUAAGGUUUUCUUUUUGGUGUUCAUGGUAUUUUUUGCGAGUUCCACAAUGGUUUGGUUGAUUACAGUCUAUGCCCCCAUAUGUGGUAAAAGGCAUCCCCGCCCCCAAAGAAAAAAAAAAAUAUAGGGUUUUCAGUUUGUGUGUUUUUAACUUAUGUAGUGCUUAAGUGACGAAGUAGAAAUGAUCAAUUUUGUGCUGACAAAAUAGAGAAAAUAUUUACUGCUGAUUUUGGUUUCUUUUUA